AUGCCAGCCGCCACCCUCCCAGCAGAAACACCAGCUGCCACUCUUCCCACAGAAAUACCAGCCACCACCCUCCCAGCAGAAAUACCAGCCGCCACUCUCCCAGCAGAGAUACCAAGCACCACUCUCCCCGCAGAAAUACCAGCCAUCACCCUCCCAGCAGAAACACCAGCCGCCACUCUUCCCACAGAAAUACCAGCCGCCACUCUCCCAGCAGAGAUACCAAGCACCACUCUCCCCGCAGAAAUACCAGCUGCCACCCUCCCAGCAGAAACACCAGCCGCCACUCUUCCCACAGAAAUACCAGCCACCAUCCUCCCAGCAGAAAUACCAGCCGCCACUCUCCCAGCAGAGAUACCAAGCACCAAUCUCCCAGCAGAGAUCCCAGCCACCACCCUCCCAGCAGAGAUCCCAGCCACCACACUCCCAGCAGAGAUCCCAGCCACCACCCUCCCAGCAGAGAUCCCAGCCACCACCCUCCCAGCAGAGAUCCCAGCCACCACUCUCCCAGCAGAGAUCCCAGCCACCACCCUCCCAGCAGAAAUACAGCCGCCACUCUCCCAGCAGAGAUCCCAGCCACCACUCUCCCAGCAGAAAUACCAGCCACCACUCUCCCAGCAGAGAUCCCAGCCACCCUCCCAGCAGAAAUACCAGCUGUCACCCUCCCAGCAGAAAUACAGCCGCCACUCUCCCAGCAGAGAUCCCAGCCACCACUCUCCCAGCAGAAAUACCAGCCACCACUCUCCCAGCAGAAAUACCAGCCACCACUCUCCCAGCAGAGAUCCCAGCCACCACUCUCCCAGCAGAAAUACCAGCCACCACUCUCCCAGCAGAGAUCCCAGCCACCACUCUCCCAGCAGAGAUCCCAGCCACCACUCUCCCAGCAGAGAUACCAAGCACCACUCUCCCAGCAGAAAUACAGAUACCACUCUCCCAGCAGAGAUCCCAGCCACCACUCUCCCAGCAGAGAUCCCAGCCACCACUCUCCCAGCUGAAAUACAAAUACCACUCUCCCAGCAGAGAUCCCAGCCACCACUCUCCCAGCAGAGAUCCCAGCCACCACUCUCCCAGCAGAGAUACAAAGCACCGCUCUCCCAGCAGAAAUACAGAUACCACUCUCCCAGCAGAGAUACCAAGCACCACUCUCCCAGCAGAAAUACAGAUACCACUCUCCCAGCAGAGAUCCCAGCCACCACUCUCCCAGCAGAGAUACCAAGCACAACUCUCCCAGCAGAGAUCCCAGCCACCACUCUCCCAGCAGAAAUACAAAUACCACUCUCCCAGCAGAGAUCCCAGCCACCACUCUCCCAGCAGAGAUCCCAGCCACCACUCUCCCAGCAGAGAUCCCAGCCACCACUCUUCCAGCAGAGAUCCCAGCUGCCACCCUCCCAGCAGAAAUACAAACACCACUCUCCCAGCAGAGAUCCCAGCCACCACUCUCCCGAGAGAGAUCCCAGCCACCACUCUCCCAGCAGAGAUCCCAGCCACCACUCUCCCAGCAGAGAUCCCAGGCACCACUCUCCCAGCAGAGAUCCCAACCACUCUCCCAGCAGAGAUCCCAGCCACCACUCUCCCAGCAGAGAUCCCAGCCACCACUCUCCCAGCAGAGAUCCCAGCCGCCACUCUCCCAGCAGAAAUACCAAACACAGUAGCACCCACAUCGACAACGAGGAAAUGCUUUGA